GUAAGUUUUAUUUCCUUUAAAAAAGCCCCACCAAUUCUGUUUAAUUACCUCCAUCAAUCACCCUUUUCUUUCCGAUACUCAAAGAACACUCUCUUUUCUCUUUAGUUCCAAGUUUCCCACCUUUUCUUUUUCUCUCAACAAUGGCAAAAACCAACAAAAAUGGCGGACCUUCAAACACCAAAGGCUUAAUACUGUGCUUCGGAGAGAUGCUGAUCGACUUUGUUCCAACAGUCUCCGGCGUUUCCCUAGCCGAAGCCCCGGCAUUUCUUAAGGCACCCGGUGGCGCUCCCGCGAAUGUUGCAAUCGCGGUUUCGAGGCUCGGUGGUAAAGUCGCCUUCAUCGGAAAGCUCGGCGAUGAUGAGUUUGGUCAUAUGCUCGCCGGAAUUCUCAAGAAAAACGGUGUUUCCGAUGAUGGUUUAACGUUCGAUCAAAGCGCGAGAACUGCCCUCGCUUUCGUUACGUUGAGAGCUGAUGGUGAAAGGGAAUUCAUGUUUUAUAGGAACCCGAGUGCUGACAUGCUUCUUACUCCUAAUGAGCUUAACCUCAACCUUAUCCGUUCGGCCAAGGUAUUUCACUAUGGUUCAAUAAGUUUGAUCGUCGAGCCAAGUAGAUCAGCCCAUCUAAAAGCAAUGGAGGAAGCCAAAAAGGCCGGAGCAUUGCUCUCAUAUGAUCCCAACCUUAGGCUACCUUUGUGGCCUUCCGAGAAGGAGGCUCGUGAGAAGAUCUUCAGCAUCUGGGACAAGGCCGACGUGAUCAAGAUCAGCGAUAACGAGCUCGAAUUUCUCACAAAAACCAACACCAUCGAUGAUGCUACGGCGUUGUCGUUGUGGCAUCCUAAUUUGAAGCUUCUCUUGGUCACUCUUGGUGAUCAUGGUUGUAGAUACUACACCAAGAAGUUCAAGGGAAGUGUGGAUGCAUUCAAGGUGAAUGCAGUUGACACAACCGGUGCUGGUGACUCCUUUGUUGGUGCCUUAUUAGGCAAAAUUGUUGAUGACCUUUCUGUUAUCGAGGAUGAACCACGAUUGAAGGAAGCUUUAAAAUUCGCCAACGCAUGCGGAGCCAUUACAACCACCAAGAAGGGUGCAAUCCCAGCUCUUCCCACCGAAGCCGAGGCCUUGGAGCUCAUCAAUAAGGCGUCUCAAUGGAAGACGAUACACGUACAAUAGAUGUAUGCAACACCCACAUAACAACAUUUGUAAUAAAGUUGUCACUACACAUGAAAGGAUGAAAAAAAUUGAGUGGGAAAAAAGGUCAGCUGAAUGUGGAGGAAUAAUGGAACUUAGGCGAUAAUUUUUCAUUGAGAACUUUGUUUUAAAAUUUUCGAUGAUGUUAUGAAUAUGAAGAAUUUUAUUUGAGGUAUAAUUUUAAAUUUGAUACAGAAA